AUGGCACCAAUACAUACUUUGUAUAGUGAAUUUACUGAUGCCAAAAAUUUUCAAGAAUGUGAAUAUAAAUUAGAUAGUAGAGAAUAUGAACUUGAAUCUCGAUACAAUAAGUUGCUUCUUAAAACUGAAUUUUUCGCUAAUAAAUGUUCCAAAUUUAGAAAUGCUAAAGCUUUUGCAGAAGAAAUCAAGUCAUUGGAAGAAGAAUUAUCUUUAAUUCAGAAAUACUUAUUAAAAAAAGAUUCUAAAAUAAUGUUCCUCAAAGCUAAAUUGGUGAAUAUAAAGAUUGAAUUAGAUUCUAAAAUCAGUAAGUUUGAGCAUCUAAAAUCAGAGGAUAUUUUGGUAUCUGUGGUUGGUGGAGAUAGUGAAAAAAAUAUAUCAAAGUCUAGACCCAAAGAGGAAGAAGCUAAGCCUUGCUCUGUGUCAUCAUUGCUUUGCAAUAAUAAUAUUUCUGCAGUUAGUAAAACUAGCAAAAAUCUCAGUCAAUAUUUUGCAUGUAGAAAAAUUAUAAAUAAAGUCAAAAAAAUUAGCACUAAUAUACUGACUUAUACUAAUGAUAAAAUUGUUCCAAUAUUAGAAUCUUCAAAAAUCAAUACUGAGGUUACUUCUAAAAAUAUGACUCUGAUUAGAUCUUAUAAUAUUACAAUAGGAAGAAGUGAGGAAUUAUCUAUUAUAGCAUUAGGUGCUAGCACAGUUAAUAAGUAUCAAAUUAUUCCUAUUAAACAAAUUUUUCGUCCAACUCCGCCUUCUCAUUCUUUAAACUCAAAGCUAGAUUAUACCCACAGUAUGACUGCCUCUGAUAUUGAUGAGGCUACAAAGCAUGCUUCAUUACACUGUAUUGGGCAUCUAGCAAUGUUAUGGCCAUUUGCUAAGCUAGUUACAGAAAAAAGUGACACAGAACUUUCUCAUAUAUUAAUGUUUAACAGUGCUAGUUCUUCUCAAGAUGUUUUCAAAAUUGUUGGUUGGUAUACUAAUGAUGUAAAAAGUGUAUUAAUGGUCAUUAAUAGUUAUCUUCGCAAGAGUGAGUUUAUUGUAUUUGACCUUAAUAGAGCAAAGGACAAUCUACUUGCAAUCCAGUUGAGGUUCGAUAUGCCAUUAGAUUUGCAGAAAGAAAUAAAAUUACGUCAAAAGCAUAAGACAAAAAAUGCAUUAUCUAUGGAGCCCACAAAUUCUGAACCUGAAAAAUCAAAAUGA